CACUGCCCACCAUUUUGUGUAGCAACAAAAUACUGGGAAUUUUCGUUCGGCUCUAAUUUUUACAACGAACGGCAUGGCGAAGUAUUAAAAUUAAGUGACACUUCUACUUCUUCGGUCACCCUGCUCGCAAAUUGUGGUUUCGUAAUCGGUGUAACUAAUAAGAAAUUUUAAACUUUCCCAGAGAAUUUUGCGAAAAUCUGCCCAAAAAUGUUCUCUGCUGUACGAUCGGCCGUGACCAAGUCUUCGGACAAGAAAGUUAUAUCACUACUCCAGCAAAUCAAUCGUGAAUAUGCUGCUAAAGCCGCAGCUGCUGCUGGUGUAAGCAACGGUAAAAUCGUUGCCGUUAUUGGUGCCGUCGUCGAUGUCCAAUUCGACCAGGAUUUGCCCCCAAUUCUAAAUGCCCUAGAAGUAGACAAGAGGACCCCCCGUUUGGUGUUGGAAGUCGCCCAACAUUUGGGAGAGAACACCGUCCGUACCAUUGCCAUGGACGGUACUGAGGGUUUGGUGCGUGGCCAGAAAGUCGUCGACACUGGCUUCCCAAUCCGUAUCCCAGUCGGUGCUGAGACUUUGGGUCGCAUCAUCAACGUCAUCGGAGAGCCAAUCGAUGAACGUGGUCCCAUCCCAACCGACAAGACAGCCCCCAUCCACGCUGAAGCCCCCGAAUUCGUGGAGAUGAGCGUCGAACAGGAAAUCUUGGUCACUGGUAUCAAGGUCGUCGACUUGCUCGCCCCCUACGCUAAGGGAGGUAAGAUUGGUUUGUUCGGUGGUGCCGGAGUCGGCAAGACCGUACUUAUCAUGGAGUUGAUUAACAACGUCGCCAAGGCCCAUGGUGGUUACUCCGUGUUCGCCGGAGUAGGAGAACGUACCCGUGAGGGAAACGAUCUUUACAAUGAAAUGAUUGAGGGAGGUGUCAUCUCCUUGAAGGACAAGAGCUCCAAGGUAGCACUUGUCUACGGUCAAAUGAACGAGCCCCCAGGCGCCCGUGCCCGUGUCGCUUUGACUGGAUUGACCGUUGCUGAAUACUUCCGUGAUCAAGAAGGACAGGAUGUGCUUCUUUUCAUCGACAACAUUUUCCGUUUCACCCAGGCCGGUUCCGAGGUGUCUGCCCUUUUGGGUCGUAUCCCCUCUGCUGUCGGUUACCAACCCACUUUGGCCACUGACAUGGGUUCUAUGCAGGAACGUAUUACCACCACCAAGAAGGGUUCCAUCACUUCCGUGCAGGCCAUCUAUGUGCCCGCUGACGAUUUGACUGAUCCUGCUCCAGCUACAACAUUCGCUCACUUGGACGCCACCACUGUGUUGUCCCGUGCCAUCGCUGAAUUGGGUAUCUACCCAGCUGUAGAUCCCCUCGAUUCCACCUCCCGUAUCAUGGACCCCAACAUCAUUGGAAACGAACACUACAACGUCGCUCGUGGCGUGCAAAAGAUCUUGCAAGAUUACAAGUCCCUCCAGGAUAUCAUUGCUAUCUUGGGUAUGGAUGAAUUGUCUGAGGAAGACAAAUUGACCGUCGCCCGUGCCAGGAAGAUCCAACGUUUCUUGUCACAACCCUUCCAGGUCGCUGAGGUGUUCACCGGUCAUGCCGGUAAAUUGGUCCCCUUGGAGGAAACCAUCAAGGGAUUCACACAGAUCUUGGCUGGCGAGUACGAUCAUUUGCCAGAGGUUGCUUUCUACAUGGUUGGACCCAUCGAAGAGGUUGUCGAGAAGGCCGAACGUUUGGCUAAGGAAGCUGCUGCUUAAGGAUGAUAAACUACUAACUGCCACACCUACGCUGAAAAAAGGAGGGGACAGGGGAGUUCUUUCGUAUCUUAAGUAAUCAAACAAAACAACAAAAACACAUAAAAACAGUUAUCUUUUUCUUUUCCUUCCUAAUAAUUAGGCAUUUAAAAAUAUGUAAGUCCAAAAGUGCAUAAAUAAAAUCAGAAUUUUUGGCGAAAAAGAAA